UGGAACCUGGCGUGCGCGCUGUCGCUUUAAGACAGACUCUGCCGGCGCCGUCCGGAGCCUUAGAAACCGGCCCCGGAUCGGGAGCCGGAACCGGGGCCGGGCGGGCGGCUGAGGCCCGAGCGGCGGGAGGGCAGCGCGGAGCGCGAAGCCGGGCUCCCGGUCGCGGGAAACCGCUGCCGCUGCCGCCCGCCUGGCCCCGCAGCCCCGGGCGGUCCAUGGGGCGGGCGCGGCGUCGUUUCGGGCGCGGGAAGCCCUGGGGGGCGGCCGCUUAGGCGCUGCGCUCUUGUCCUCGCAGGUCGCAGCCAGGGCGGACGGGCGCGCCCAGCUCCGGCCCCCGGAGCGCCCGCCGCGGUCCCCGCCUCCAUGGACGCCUUCAAGGGGGGCAUGAGCCUGGAGCGGCUGCCGGAGGGGCUCCGGCCGCCGCCGCCGCCGCCGCACGACAUGGGGCCCGCCUUCCACCUAGCCCGCGCCGCCGACCCCCGCGAGCCGCUCGAGAACUCCGCCAGCGAGUCGUCCGACACGGAGCUACCAGAGAAGGAGCGCAGCGGGGAACCCAAGGGGCCCGAGGACAGCAGUGCGGGCGGCGCAGGCUGCGGCGGUGUGGAGGACCCCGCCAAGAAGAAGAAGCAGCGGCGGCAACGCACGCACUUCACAAGCCAGCAAUUGCAAGAGCUGGAGGCCACGUUCCAGAGGAACCGCUACCCGGACAUGAGCAUGCGGGAGGAGAUCGCCGUGUGGACCAACCUCACCGAGCCACGCGUGAGGGUCUGGUUCAAGAACCGGCGAGCCAAGUGGCGAAAGCGCGAGCGUAACCAGCAGCUGGACCUGUGCAAGGGCGGCUACGUGCCCCAGUUCAGCGGCCUGGUGCAGCCCUACGAGGACGUGUACGCCGCUGGCUACUCCUACAACAACUGGGCCGCUAAGAGCCUGGCACCAGCGCCGCUCUCCACCAAGAGCUUCACCUUCUUCAACUCCAUGAGCCCGCUGUCGUCGCAGUCCAUGUUCUCGGCCCCCAGCUCCAUCUCCUCCAUGACCAUGCCGUCGAGCAUGGGCCCGGGCGCUGUGCCCGGCAUGCCCAACUCGGGCCUCAACAACAUCAACAACCUCACCGGCUCCUCGCUUAACUCGGCCAUGUCACCGGGCGCCUGCCCGUACGGCACACCCGCCUCGCCCUACAGCGUCUAUCGGGACACGUGCAACUCGAGCCUAGCCAGCCUGCGGCUCAAGUCCAAGCAGCACUCGUCGUUCGGCUACGGCGGCCUGCAGGGCCCGGCCUCGGGCCUCAAUGCGUGCCAGUACAACAGCUGACCGCCCAGCC